AUGCAUUUUAAAAAAUAUCUGAUCACUACACCGGCAUUUCAGAAUCAGCGACCACACAUCAAGGUUUAUAACAAAAAUUAUUCAGCUACUUGUUCAUUUGUAUUGCAUUGGUUGUUUAACUCGGUUUUGGUAAUCAGGACUGUUUGGCUAAACGAGGCGAAUCACAACAUGCAAAGCAUAAUUUUAAAUAAUCAAUUCGUUCCAAACUGUUAUAUGCUGAAGUUGUGUGGAAUUCAAUUGAACCUGCUUUUUAAAUAG